GAGGUGGAUGCGUUCCGGACGCGGGAGGGCGGCUCAGCCCGGCCAGGUGAGGGUAAAGCCACGAGCCCUGGACCACUCGGGCGAAUAGGGUCGAGAGCUAAACGCUGGGCCUUUCCAGUUAGUCUUGACAUUCCCUAGCUGCAUGACUUCCGGCAGAAUCAAGCAAUUUGCUGAAGUUUCUUUCCCCCAACCCUGCAGAGCAGUUUACGCUUUGACUUUUACUUACCAUGGCCUUGGUUCACAAAUUGCUGAAUGGAACUUACAGGCUCAGAAAAUGCGUGAAACCAGGUGUGGCCUGGUACCCUUUUAAGGGACAUUGCUUUGCAGACUAUUGCACCAGCAGCAGUCAGAAACCUGUGACCGUUGCUGGCAGUACCUCUGCGCAGAGGGCGACUGAAGGGGGUUUGCAAGGACAGAGGACGACUGAAGGGGGUUUGCAAGGACACCGGCCAAGAGAAGCAGCUUUGGAUAUUACUUCUCCAGAGGAGAAGCCAGAAAUUAGUUUCGAUAAGGCCAUUAAAGAUGAAAUAAAGGACCAUUUUUGGCGUUUGAAGGAUGAAAUCGUGAGUCACUGGAUAGGGCCCGAGGGCCGCCCUCUGCACGAGGUCUUGCUGGAGCAAGCCAAGGUAGUGUGGCAAUUCCGAGGAAAAGAAGAUUUGGACAAAUGGGUGGUGACUUCCGAUAAGACAAUUGGGGGCCGAAGUGAAGUGUUCCUGAAGAUGGGCAAGAACAAUCAGAGUGCGCUGGUGUACGGGACCCUCAGCUCCGAGGCCCCUCUGGACGGGGAGAGCAGCCGCAGUGGCUACUGCGCCAUGAUGUCCAGGCCUCUGAGGGGCCCCUUUGAGAGGAAGCGGUCUUAUGAUUGGUCUCAGUUCAAUACCCUGUAUCUCCGGGUCCGGGGAGAUGGUCGGCCUUGGAUGGUGAAUAUCAAGGAGGACACGGAUCUAAUCCAGCGGAAGGACCAGAUGUACAGUUACUUCAUGUUUACCCGCGGAGGGCCCUACUGGCAGGAAGUCAAGAUUCCUUUCUCCAAAUUUUUCUUCUCUAAUAAAGGAAGAAUCCGAGAUGCCCAGUACCAGCUGAUGCCUGACAGGAUCUCUUCCAUCGGAUUCACCUUGGCUGAUAAAGUAGACGGUCCAUUCUUCUUGGAAAUAGAUUUUAUUGGUGUAUUUACGGAUCCAGCCCACAAGGAAGAAUUUGCCUAUGAAAAUUCUCCAGAGCUCAACCCAAGACUUUUUAAGUAGUCAUCACGUGGUAGUACAACUAAAU